AUGGCCGUCCCUACGACAUCCACCGCCGCCAUCCGCGACGACCAGGGCAAAAUCUCCGUCCAGCGGCGGCCCACGCCCGUCCCCGAACGCACCCAGAUCCUCGUCAAGGUUCACUACUCGGGCGUGUGCGCCACUGACGUCCACAUCGCCCGCGGCCUCAUCCCCUACCUGCGUCCCAAGGUCGCUGUCGGCGGCCACGAGGGCACCGGCGUGAUCGCCGCUCUCGGCCCGGACGUCGAUGCCUCUCAGUGGGCCGUCGGUGACCGCGUUGCCGUUCGCUGGGUCCACAUUGUCUGCGGCACCUGCGAAUCGUGCACCACGGGCCACGAGAACCUGUGCGCCGGGCGCAAGCUGGCCGGCAAGGACGUCGACGGCACGUUUGCCGAGUACGCCAUUGCCGACAGCGCGUACGCCGUGCGCCUGCCCGAGAACGUGGGCGACGCCGAGGCCGCACCCAUUCUGUGUGCCGGCGUCACCGUCUACAAGGCGCUCAAGAUUGCCCGCCUGCGCACGGGCAGCUGGGUCGCCGUCGCCGGUGCGGGCGGCGGCCUGGGCCACCUGGCUGUGCAGUACGCCAAAGCCCUGGGCCUCAAGGUUGUCGCGCUCGACGCCAACAAAAAGGACCUGUGUCUGUCGCUCGGUGCGGACACCUACGUCGACGUGCUGGCCCCCGGCCACGACGACGGCUGCGUCGCUGCCGUCGUCGCUGCCACGGACGGCGGCGGUGCGCACGGCGCCCUCAUCUGCGCCUCGUCGGGCGUCGCCUAUGCCGACGCCGUCAAGUACCUGCGCAAGUCGGGCGUCCUCGUCUGCAUCGGCCUGCCGCUGCGUCCGACACCCAUCCCUGUGCUGCCCGAAGACUUUGUUGCGCGCGGUCUGCGCCUCGAGGGCACCUCGACGGGUGACCGCACCGACACGGCCGAGGCUCUGGAGUUUGUUGCACGCGGGCAGGUCAAGCCGCAGAUUGUCGAACGCCAGCUGGGCGAGAUCGAGGCCAUUCUCGAGGAGAUUGAAAAGGGCACCGUCCACGGCAAGUCCGUGAUCAAGAUUGCCUAA